GCGCCUGCGUACUAAGCAUCUGGUUCGGUCUCUGGCCCGAGGGAAGCCGGUCUUUUCCGGCUGACCUCGCGGCCAGGGCUGGUCGGAGGAUUCCCAUUCAUUAAGCCAUCUACUCCUCCGCCCAGUACUCGUAGCCAGGGUCGUAUCAGUUCUCCAUCAACUUGCGUGGGGCCUUGGACGAGCUUCCUGGCGCUCCCUGUCAGUGGCGAAACGGUUUUCUCCCUCUGUCCUUUUCCUGACUUCAAACCGCCCCCGGCGCUCGGCCCCUCCCCCACGCGGUCUCGCAGGCUACGCCGGACUCGCAGCCUCGCCGCCUCGCCGUUUCCCACUGCGCCGGCUGCUGCGCGGGUACCCAAGCCGGGAAAUUCUCCCUGCAGCCCCCUGCCGGCGUUUCUGAUAGGUGAAAAUAAAGCACAUGGAAUUCCUUAGAAAAGGCCACAGUAUGCCCUACUGUGGAGGUUUGGACACAUGGUGCAUUUGAAAAUGUUUGCCCCUUUGGGGGCAGUGGCAUGUUUUUAGUGCGUGGUUUAGCGAGUGAUCUAAACUUCUCCAGUGUUCUAAUUUUUACAGCUGCUUUGCUUUCCCUGUGGAUGUAACCCCUUAGCUGGCAUUUUGCAUCCCAAUUGUCUUGUGAUGGAGGCGUCUUUGGGGAUUCAAAUGGAUGAGCCAAUGGCUUUUUCUCCCCAGCGUGACCGGUCUCAGGCUGAAGGCUCUCUAAAAAAAAACGAGCAGAAUUUUAAACUUGCAGGUGUUAAAAAAGAUAUUGAGAAGCUUUAUGAAGCUGUACCACAGCUUGGGAAUGUGUUUAAGAUUAAGGACAAAAUUGGAGAAGGCACUUUCAGCUCUGUUUAUUUGGCCACAGCACAGUUACAAGUAGGACCUGAAGAGAAAAUUGCUCUAAAACACUUGAUUCCAACAAGUCAUCCUGUAAGAAUUGCAGCUGAACUUCAGUGCCUAACAGUGGCUGGGGGGCAAGAUAAUGUCAUGGGAGUUAAAUACUGCUUUAGGAAGAAUGAUCAUGUAGUUAUUGCUAUGCCGUAUCUGGAGCAUGAGUCGUUUUUGGACAUUUUGAAUUCUCUUUCCUUUCAAGAAGUACGGGAAUAUAUGUUUAAUCUGUUCAAAGCUUUGAAACGCAUCCAUCAGUUUGGUAUUGUUCACCGUGAUGUUAAGCCCAGCAAUUUUUUAUAUAAUAGGCGCUUGAAAAAGUAUGCCUUGGUAGACUUUGGUUUGGCCCAAGGAACCCAUGACACGAAAAUAGAGCUUCUCAAAUUUGUCCAGUCUGAAGCUCAGCAGGAAAGGUGUUCACAAAACAAAUCCCACAUAAUCACAGGAAACAAGAUUCCAUUGAGUGGCCCAGUACCUAAGGAGCUGGAUCAGCAGUCCACCACAAAAGCUUCUGUUAAAAGACCCUACACAAAUGCACAAAUUCAGAUUAAACAAGGAAAAGAUGGAAAGCUCAUGAAGCAGUCAAAGACUGUGGAUGUACUGUCUAGAAAGUUAGCAACAAAAAAGAAGACUAUUUCUGCAAAAGUUAUGAAUAGUGGUGUAAUGAGGAAAACUGCCAGUUCUUGCCCAACUAGCCUGACCUGUGACUGCUAUGCAACAGAUAAAGUUUGUAGUAUUUGCCUUUCAAGGCGUCAGCAGGUUGCCCCUAGGGCAGGUACACCAGGAUUCAGAGCACCAGAAGUCUUGACAAAGUGCCCCAAUCAAACUACAGCAAUUGACAUGUGGUCUGCAGGUGUCAUAUUUCUUUCUUUGCUUAGUGGACGAUACCCAUUUUAUAAAGCAAGUGAUGAUUUAACUGCUUUGGCCCAAAUUAUGACAAUUCGGGGAUCCAGAGAAACUAUCCAAGCUGCUAAAACUUUUGGGAAAUCAAUAUUAUGUAGCAAAGAAGUUCCAGCACAAGACUUGAGAAAACUCUGUGAGAGACUCAGGGGUAUGGAUUCUAACACUCCCAAGUUAACAAGUGAUAUACAAGGACCUGCUUCUCAUCAACCAACUGUUUCAGAGAAGACUGACCAUAAAGCUUCUCGCCUCAUACAAACACCUCCAGGACAAUACUCAGGGAAUUCAUUUAAAAAGGGGGAUAGUAAUAGCUGUGGGUGUUGUUUUGAUGAGUAUACUACCAAUUUAGAAGGCUGGAAUGAGGUACCUGAUGAAGCUUAUGACCUGCUUGAUAAACUUCUAGAUCUAAAUCCAGCUUCAAGAAUAACAGCAGAAGAAGCUUUGCUGCAUCCAUUUUUUAAAGAUAUGAGCUUGUGAUGAUGGGUCUUCAUUUAAUGUUUACUGUUAUGAGGUAGAAUAAAAAAGAAUAUUUUGUAAUAGCCAUAAGUUCUUGUUUAGAGACCAGAGCAGGAUUAAUAAUUUAUUUUAACAUUUUAGUGUUUGGUGGCACAUUCUAAAAUAUAGAUUAAGAAUACUUAAAAUGCCUGGGAUAGUUGUUGGGACUAACAACAUGAUCUUCUUUGAGUUAAACCUACCUAAGUAGAUUUUAGGUGGGUUCCUUAUUAGGUCAGAUUUUUAGUUUCCCUAAUUACUUUUCACUGACAUAUGCAGAAAAAGGAGCAGUUUUAGUUUUAAUUAAUUAAAAUUAACGGAUGUGAUGAGGAUUAAAUGAAUCAAAAGACUUAAUUUGUAGAUUUUUUUAGAGUUAUGAGCUAUGUAUACUUUGGGGAAACUCAACCUGGUGCUGGUGCUCUAACAAUGUAAGAAAAGAAGAUAAUUUCCUUUUCUAGAGGUACAUAUUACGCCUUUUAUGAACACUAAAACAAUGAGGAAAUGUUGGUCAUGGGGCAAAGUAUCACCUAAAAUUGAAUUUAUCCAUUUUUUAAAAACACUUUAUGAAAGCAUUUUAGUGUGAAUUGCCAUUUUUUCUUAAUGGCUUCUCGAUUUUCUUCCUUCUCUGCCCCUACCAAAAACAUUCUCCUCGGAAAUUACAUGGUGCUGACCACAAAGUUUCUGGAUGUUUUAUUAAAUAUUGUAUGUGUUUACAGUUGGGAAUUUAAAAUAAUAUAUACACUGGUUGAUAAAGGGAAGCUGCAGGACCAAGGUGAAGAUUGAUAGUCCAAAUGCUUUUCUUUUUUGAGGUGUAUAUUUUUUCACACCAUCUUAGAUAUAAUUAGGUAGCUGCUGAAAGGAAAAGUGAAUACAGAAUUGACAGUAUUAUUGGAGAUUUUUCCUCUGCAUAGAGCCAUCCAGAUCUCUGUAUCCUGUUUUGACUAAGUCUUAGGUGGGUUGGGAAGAGAGAAAAUGAAGUAGGCAAAGAGAAAAGGACCUAAGAUAGAGGUCCAUAUUCAGAAAUGAUAUAUAUCAAUGACAGCAUAUCAAACUUCCUAUGGGAAAAAGUCUGGUGGUUGAGUCAGCUGACAGAUUUCCCAUUUAGUAGUCAUAAAAUACAGAAAUAGUUGAGGGACAUAUAUUCAUUUUGUUAUUUUGAGCAUUGGUAGAUUAGUAUAUCUACCUAAUCUGUUUGGUAAUUAUAGGGUAUAUCUAUAUAAACCAUUACCAUUGAUCUGCUCUGUCUUAUGCCAUAAUCUUAAAAAAAAUUGAAUGCUCUUGAAUUUGUAUAUUUAAUAAAGUUAUCCUUUUAUAUUUUU